ACAAAUAUUUCAGGCCGUAGUAAAGAAAAAAAAACAGCGGCAAAGAAGUGGGAGAAUCUGAUACCUGUGACCGAAACAAUGUAAACAUAGGAAAUGUUUUUAUUUUGUUUUACUCCAGAUGUUAGAGUAAAUGAUUUGAUCAUCAUCACGUUAUUUUCUCAGGAGGUGAUUUAAGUCGGUCAUGGCUGAGGAACCAGCAGCAGAAAUCCAGUUACUCAGAAGCCAGAAGGCCAAGCUAAUAGAGAUCCUAAGUGCCGAUGCCGACUACGUCCUGCAGCAUGCAGACUCUCGCGGUCUUUUGUCUCUUCCCGGCUACCAACACGUGAAAGCUUGCCGUACUCCUAGUGAGAAGGUGACUGAGCUGCUGGAUCAUGUCAUGCAGAGAGGACCUGAAGCAGCACAGGGUCUGUUGAAACUACUGAAUGACCAGGCCCUGCAGGAAACCUUCCCAAUGCUGAGCUUUAUUAAAGAUCUGCAAGCCAACACAUUGUCUUCAGAAACACCAAGAAAGAGAAAAGCAGCUCCAGAUUUGGAAGCAAUUAUUCCAUCCAAACAGAUCUGCAACAACGGCUCUGGCUUAGUGAAGGAGAAGCAGCUGAUGACUGUGGCUCGUAAGAUCGGCAAAUCUUGGAGGGAGAUUGGCAGAAUGGCUCUGGAUGUCCCCUCUUUUAAACUGGAACAGAUUGAAGAGGACAAUUCGCCCCACGUGGAGCGAGUGUUUGCCAUGCUGCGCUACUGGCGUACCUGCCAGAGGGAAAAGGCCACAGCUGCUCACCUGCACUCCCUGCUCAGUCAGGAAGACUGGGCCCUGCCACCUGAAAGCAUUGACUUCCUGUUGGAGACUGACUGACUGUCUGCUACCUGCUGAGACUGAAACCCUUUUUGAAGGGAAGAAAUAUGUCUUUCUCAUCAUAAAUGCUGUCAUUCCAUAUCUAUAUAACCCUUGAAGACUUUACUACUUUGGAAAUUUCCCCACAGUACCAUUGAGCAAGAGGCCUCUUAUCAUACUUUUCUAUGAUACUGCAGCUUUUUAUAAUAAUUUAUUUUUUAUUUGUUUUUUGAAAGAGGUCUUUUUUUAUAGAUUGUGUGAAGAAGAAUUAGGAAAACAACAAAGCAGUGCCCAUUUCAUUUUAAUGUAAAUACACUAUGGAAUUAAAUAGGGAAGAUUAUUCUAGUGUUUCGUCUUAUAUUUCGCUGGGAGAAAAUGUAAAUGAUAAGAAGACACAGCAGUUACACUGACAUGCUCCCUGUUGACCUAUGUACAUAUCUUGGUCUUUUAGAUUAAAUGUACCUUACAUCAUGGUGUGUCACAAGACAUCUGUUUGUUUGCAGACAGGGUAGACAACACACUGAAUAAAUCAUUCAAUCUG